GGUGUUUCAGCGUUCUAUCGGUGUCUCAGGGUUCUGGCGGGGCAUUUAAACCCUGAGGGCGGCGGGCAGGAAGCAUGGACCCCUCGGAGGUGGAGUUUCUCGCAGAGAAACAGAGCGUGACCAUUAUACCCAACUUCAGCUUGGAUAAGAUCUAUUUAAUAACCGGAGAUUUGGGACCAUUCAAUCCAGGGCUUCCAGUCGACGUACCUGUGUGGCUCGCUAUUAAUCUUAAACAGCGACAGAAGUGCAGGAUUGUAGUACCAGAUUGGAUGGAUGUGGAAAAGCUUGAACAAAUCAAGGAACAGGAACGUAAAGAAGAAACCUUCACCCUGAUGCCCAGCCCACACUACAUGGAACUGACUAAGUUACUGCUGAAUCAUGCCUCAGACAACAUUCCCAAAGCUGAUGAAAUCCGGACCUUGAUAAAGGAUACUUGGGAUACUCGCAUUGCAAAGCUGCGGUUGUCUGCAGAUAAUUUUGUGAAUCAGCAGGAGGUACACGCUAAGCUGGACAACCUCACUCUAAUGGAGAUUAACACAAUUGGGACGUUCCUUACAGAGUCGCUGAAUCAGAUGCACAGACUGCGUGCAAAUCUUCAGCCCGGGGAGACUGCUCAGUCUCAGGACUAUUAAGCUGCUUUCUUUGAGGAGGUGACUUGAAAAGGAAAGUUUGGAGAAGGGGAGAUGGAGAGAGGAAACCACGUUAAGCGAUUUUGUUUUUUUUUAACCUUACAAAGCAUUUACAACAUGGAAGCGUAGGCUAUUCCACCCGCCAGGCGUGUACCGAUGUUUACACUGUGUACAAACCUCCUCCUGCUAUUCUUCCUCUCAACCUGUCAUAUCCUUCUAUUCCUUUCUCCCUCAUGUACUUAUCCAGUUUCCCCUUAAAUGCAUCUGUACUACUGGUGGUAGUGAAUUCCACAGUUGAACCACUUUCUGGGUACACAAGCUUCUCCUGAAUUCCCUAUUGGAUUGAUCUUAUAUGUAUGACGCCCAGUUCUGGUUUUGGCUGCAAGUGGAAACACCUUUUCCAUACCCCCCUCCCCUCCCCACCAAUCAAAACCUUUGUAAUUUUGAGGAUCUCUGUCGAUGAGGAUCUUCAAGUUAAUCGUUCCGAAACCCAUCUCCUGCCAGGAAGCCAACUGCAGGCCUAUUCGCAAAGCAAAAAUAAAAUAUUGAGAGCCCUCGUGAAAAGAAUCCAUUCAGACAGCUGGGAAAAAGUCGUUGAAACUGCGGCUUGUGGUGCUCAGCUAUGCGCACCGUAGAGCAGUGUGCUGUUGCCUGGUGUCGCCGGCUAGUGGGAUGUGCGCCGCAGCAGUGACUGGGCGGUGAGUCGAAUCCCUGCGGACCCACCUCCCAAGAACAAAACGCGAGUCAGGCCCAUGGCGACUUCCACUCCGUGCCGAGCCUUUAAAUGAAUCGGCAAUUGGCGUUUGCAGUUCAGGCAAAGCCGUGCCAAAAAAAAAAUGGAAACGGAAACAGAAAAUGCUGGAAAAGCUCGGCAGGUCUAACAGCAUCUGUGGAGAGGAAAAGAAACAGUUAAUGUCUCGAGUCCGUAGGAUUCCUUCAGAGCAAACGUUACAUACAUUUCAGUGCAAAAAAAAAAACCACCUUUGAGUUCAUCGCAGAUUAGCCUUCCGGAGAGGGGAGGGGGACGGGGAGAGGCAGAAGGAGGGUGGGAAUAGUACGCUGGAGACCUGAGGUAGGAACAGUGAAUUAUGGAAAUAAAGCUGCAAGGUGGGAGGUUACUGCUUUGAUUUCAACCUUUCCUCAGAUGUUUCUCUCUCUGAUGCUGACUGAUAAGUGAUGUGGUUCUGAAGCUUUCUGGUUAUGCCUCCCAAUCCUUUGCUGUGGGUUCAAUUCUCCUAACCGGUACAUUAUAUUUAACAUUUUAAAAUAUAAAA